CCUUUCCCAAAUCAACAUGGCUGUGAAAUUUUUGUGAUUUAUUACCAAAUAAUAUUCAUAGAGCAGUUUCUAGAAUAUGUCUGACAAGGAUAAGAAUGAUCUGCCAGAGCAGUUGGACGAAACUAGUCAGAAUGAAGAUCCCAAUCAGGACGAGCCCCGUUUGGACGAGUCCAUUAGCGCAUCGCCCUCGAUUCUGCGACCCAUCAACACUCCUAGGCCCGAUAUCUCGAAUGCUCCCUCGAUUGUUAUUUCGUUGCCAGAAACCGGUAUGGAUAACGUGGCCGGCGAGACCCCGGAGCAGCGCCAACGGCGAAGGAUGAGAUUCCUCGAGAUGCGGCGGGAGCAUUACAAUCACUUGCACCACAGUGAGCAAUGCAACAUGUCGGAAACGGAGGAUGAGGAUCAUGCAGAAACCCAACCAAAGACUCAGGAACAGAACAAACCCAAAUAGAAACUUAGGUACAGUUCUUGUCACUUUAACCUUAUCCAAGUCAUAGGCAUCAGUUCAUCACUAAUGGAUCAAUACUUUCCAGUUUUGUAGAUGUCAAAGUUUGAUUAAAUUCUACAAAUUGGAAACACUCUUUAGCUACAA